ACACCAAACCACCAUAGUUUUCUUCUCAUACUGUUUAAACUCUUUCUUUCAUCAACCCAGCUUUUAUUUUUGCUGUCUCUCUCUCUCUCUAGACCCCAUCUCUUUCUAUUAAUUAUCUCUCAACAAAAUUUUCUCUAUAUGUACCCAUUCAAUGACCUCUAUGUGCUUUUUAAAUUCAAAUCUCUACCAAUCAUCAAACCCACCUCACAAAGACCAUAAUAAACCUUAAUCAAUAAAUAAAGGAAGAACAUUUUUUUUUCUUGUAUACUAGUCAGCAUUUGAAUGCCCUUCUGCAACUUCCAAAAGGGGCACCACACACACCAUAGACAAAAAGUGAAAAAGAAAGAAAGAUAAAUGUUAUGAAUUAUUUUUCUUCCUAUUUUCUUUCUUUCUCCAUUUUCUUGAUCACUAGUCGUCCUAGUUUUCUGCUGUUCUGUCUCAAUAGACCUUCUCACCCAAAAAAAGAAAAAAAGAAAAGAAAAAAAUCAAAACUUUUAAUUUCUCUCAAUUGGUAAUGGGCACCCAGACAAUAAUGUGGUGUGGUGGCUUCUUCUUUGUGGUUUCUUUUAAGUCUUUGGUCAAGUACAGAGAGUUUCAUACAAGCUUCUCCCUUUUGCCCUUCUCUCUUCUUCCCCAGCUUUCUCACCUUCUUCCACAUCUCUUAUCUCUCUUCCUCGUUUGUGUGAUUUAGUGAUCAGAUCCGAUGAAGGAGAUUACUGACUUUGUCGAUCCCAGGAUCAUGUUCAAGCAUCAAUCCCUUUUGCAGGAUUAUCACGAGUUGAGAAAGGAAACAGAGUAUAAGAUGAGGAAACUGGAGAUGAUGAAACAAAAACGAUCGGCCCUUGAUGCACAAGUUAGGUUCUUGAGACGCAGAUACAAACACUUGAAGCAAGACCAAACUCUUGAAACAUCUCCCAACAUGCUUAGGUUGUCCGAAUCUGGAGGAGAUGUGAAGGUGACAAGUGGCAAAAGAAAGAAGCACUCUGGUCCAUGUUUUGAUUUGAAGCGCAAGGAUACAGUUGACAAUGCAAGGAGCAGAGGAAACGAGGUUUUAACUCCACUUCCUGAUCUUAACGACAACACUCUGGUGGUCAGCAGCAAAGUCUCAGGCUUUGACCUAAACCUGGUCUCGAGAGAAGAAGAAGAGGAGCCGGAAGGGAAUGGUGAAGCGACAAAGAAGGCAAUGAUUGGUAAUGGAAUCGAUUGCGAGUUGAAGUUACCUAUUUGCAGAGACGUGGAGAAAGAGAUUAGUAGAGCAGUGAAGAGGAAGGUGUCAUGGCAAGAUCCAGUGGCUCUAAGGGUUUGAGAUUUUUCAAGUAUAUGAAGUAGGAUUGAGAUUUUAUGAUUUAGCCCAAUAUUGACAUUAUGCUUUAUAUAUGUAUACAAGUAUAGAUGAUUAGUUAUCAAGUCAUAACUAUUCACAUGUUCCAACUCUUGUCUUAGUGACAAUCAGAACUGGUGACAAUUGGUGAUUACAUAGUCUCGUGUGUUGUGUUGUAUUUUCUGUCUUUACUCAUUCUCUUCAUAACUUCAUUCUCUGUUCUGUUA